UCCUGCCCGCGCUCCCCGCCGCCACCGACGUUGCCUGGGCCCCGGCCGACGGAUCCGCACCCUCCGCGCCCUAGUCACGCGCCGCCACCAUGGUGAAGCUGGGGAAGGCUGCUAAAAGUCAAGGUGAGCCAAAGAAAAUGGCCCCUCCCCCAAAGGAGGUAGAAGACAGCGAAGAUGAGGACAUGUCAGAAGAUGAAGAAGAAAGCAGUGGAGAAGAGGUUGUAGUCCCUCAGAAGAAGGGCAAAAAGGCUGUGGCCACACCAGCAAAGAAGGUACCACCAACCAAAAAGGCUGUUGUUGCCGCCACGCCAGCCAAGAAAGCAGCCGUAACUCCUGGGAAGAAGGCAGCCACCCCGGCCCCCGCCAAGAAGGCGGUUGCCCCCGCCAAGGCCGUUGCCACCCCAGGCAAGAAGGGAGCCACUCCAGCUAAGCCAGCUGCCACCCCAGCCAAAGGGGCAAAAAAUGGAAAGAACGCCAAGAAGGAGGACAGUGAGUCUGAAGAAGAGGACAGUGAAGAUGAGGAUGAGGAGUUUGAGCCUCCCAAAGCCGCAAAGAUGGGAGCAACUCCCGCCAAAGAAGACUCCGAGGAUGAGGAGGAUGAGGAAGACGAGGAGGACAGCGAUGAGGAGGAAGAUGACGAUGACUCAGAAGAAGAAGCUAUGGAAAUCACCCCCACCAAAGGGAAGGCUACUGCCGUGAAAGCUGCAGCAGGGAAACCUGGGAAGGCCCAGGAGUCGGAGGAGGAGGAAGAUGACGAAGAUGAGGAGGAGGAAGAUGACGAAGAUGAGGAUGACGACGAGGAGGAGGAGGAGGAAGAGGAGGAGGAAGUACCUGUGAAAGAAGCCCCUGGAAAGAGGAAAAAGGAAAUGGGCAAACAGAAGGCCCCCGAAGCCAAGAAACAGAAACUGGAUGCUGAAGCAUCUACAAAUUUCAAUCUCUUUGCUGGUAACCUGAAUUUCAACAAAACUGCUUCAGAGCUCAAAACCGGCAUCACGGACUUCUUUGCAAAAAAGGACCUUACCGUUGUAGACGUGCGCAUUGGUGCCACCAGGAAGUUUGGCUAUGUGGAAUUUGAAUCUGCUGAAGACAUGGAAAAAGCUCUGGAACUCAGUGGCUCCAAAGUGCUUGGCUCUGAAAUGAAGCUGGAAAAAGCAAAAGAGAAUAAGAAAGACCGAGACGCACGGACGCUCUUCGUCAAGAAUCUGCCAUAUAAAGUAACACAAGAGGAGCUCAAGGAAGUGUUUGAAGACGCUAUUGAGGUCAGACUGGUCUGCACCAAGGAUGGGACCCCUAAAGGAAUUGCCUACGUUGAAUUUAAGACUGAAGCAGAUGUGGACAAGGCCUUAGAAGAGAAGCAGGGCACUGAGAUCGAUGGCCGAGCACUCAUUCUGGACUACACAGGGGAGAAAAGCCAAGGGCAAGAGAACGCCAGAGGGAAGAAUAAUGCCUGGGGUGGGAGCACCACCAAGCCAUCAGACUCCAAGACCCUGGUGCUGAACAACCUCGCCUACAGCGCCACAGAGGAGAGUCUGCAGGAAGUGUUUGAGAAGGCCACGUCCAUCAGCCUGCCCCAGAACAACCAAGGCCGACCCAAAGGGUACGCAUUCAUUGAGUUUGCCUCCGUGGAAGAUGCGAAAGAAGCUUUGAAUUCUUGUAACAAUAUAGAGAUUGAAGGCAGAGCCAUCCGGCUGGAGCUGAAGGGGCAAAAGGCCACCAACACAGCCCCAAGGAACCAGUCCUACAAAACCUUGUUCGUCAAAGGCCUGUCUGAAGACACGACGGAAGAAACAUUGAAAGAUUCGUUUCAAGGCUCUGUGGGCGCCAGGAUAGUCACAGACAGGGAGACAGGGUCUUCGAAAGGGUUUGGUUUUGUGGACUUCAACUCGGAGGAAGAUGCCAAAGCCGCAAAAGAGGCCAUGGAGGAUGGGGAGAUCGACGGAAACAAAGUGACCUUGGACUGGGCAAAGCCUAGCGGCUUUGGAGGCCGAGGGGGCGGCCGUGGCGGCGGUGGCGGCGGCCGUGGAGGCUUCGGGGGCCGAGGAGGCGGCAGAGGUGGCCGAGGGGGCUUUGGAGGCAGAGGCCGAGGAAGCUUUGGAGGCCGGGGCGGUUUCCGAGGAGGCCGAGGAGGAGGCGGUGAUAACAAGCCACAAGGAAAAAAGACGAAGUUUGAAUAGCUUCCCCCUUUCUCUUUUCCCCUGCCAUGUGAACGGACUCUGGGGGUUUUAUCCUGUCGUCUACUCACUGACGGAGCCUUCUGAGGACAUUCCAAGACAGACGGGCAGCCGGCGGGCGUCUUGGACAAACCUAGAUGACAUUUCAAGGGAGAGAGCGCAGCGGUUUUGGCUGGAUGGAUGUUCCAUAUAAACUUUUUGCAGAGACGGGUGGUAGCUGUGGGAGGUCACCUUUUUGUCUGAGUUGUCUUGAGUUUAUAAUGUUAUACCCCAUGUACAAAACCAUUUUUUUCCUAAAAAUACCUGUAGUGGUGUUUUGUUUCGUUUUUAUUCCCUCUUUUUGGCUGUAAAGAAAAAAGGCAAAUGUUUUCUCAUGGUUCCUGCUUUAGCAGCCUGUCUUAGGACACAUUAAAAGGGCCUAACCUGG